GUUGCGCAGCGCGCCACUACGCCGCACCACCACCACACCACACCAACAAGCUUCAUUUCAAAAUGGCCGCCAAUCUAUAGAUCAAUUUACCUCUGAUAAAAUACGAUUCAUUGACGUGUGUAUGAUAUAUUGUGAAUUUCAACUACCUACUAUUGUUGUUCGCAUAGUUUUCAUAUUUUUAUGUGUUGUUUGUCACUUAAUGUAAUUGGACGCAAUGUCAUGGCCGGUGCAAACAACAGGCCAGUGGGGUACUGGCAUGCCCAUGACUCCUGAUAUGAGUAUGGGAUCCUAUUCUGCUGAGCAAUGGACCGCUAUGCAACAACAGAACUGGCAACAGUGGGCUCAAUGGCAACAGCAGUACGCCCAGUGGCAAAGUCAAUACGGAGAGAAGUAUGCACAGCAGAUGCAGGCCAUGCAGGCGAUGGGCGGCAUGCCCCCGCUGCCCACGAGCGCGGCGCCCCCCGCCCCGGCGCCCCCGCCCCCCGACCACCCGCCGCCGCCGCCGCCCCCGCACGAGAACAACCAGCCUCUAUACGGAGCCGCCACCGCCGCCGCCGAGCCCCCCGCGCCCGCGCCCGUCCCUCCCCCAGCGCUAAACAGGCAAACCAACCCCAACUUGACCACCGUCAACGUGACAGGUAACAACCAAUGGUCGUACGGUGCGCAGGCCCCGCCGCCCGCUCCUGCUGCGACGACCCCUGCGGUCGCAGCCGCCCCCGUCGCCGCCGAUUCGGAGGCGCUCAAGAAGCUCGCCGAAGAGGAGAAGCUUUUCGAUAUUCAGUUUCAGAAAUGGGAGGAGGAAAUCGACAAGUGGCGGCGCGAGAACGUGAACCACCCCGAUAAACAGGCUUACAAGGAGUACGAGGACAAGUUCGAGGCGUGCCGGGCGCAGCUGCUCGAGCGACGCCAGCAGAUGAAGCUCAAGAGGGCGCGCCUCACCAAAGCCGACCCGAACUCGCCGAUGCCAGGUAAUGCACUGACUUCGGUACCUCCCCCGACUUUGCAAAACGCACCUAGUAAUAGUUACGCCCAAAAUAAACCUCAGAGCUAUAGCAAUAAGCAGGAUCAGAGUCGUAUGAACAAAAACGCUCCUUAUCAACAAUCAUUCAAUAAGCACUACGAUAAUUCGGCCCCGCCUGUAUCUUACGGCAAAGGCAAUGUUGACCCGCAGGGUCACUAUGAGUCCUACCGAAAUGUGGAUAAUUAUACGACCGGGGGCGAUUAUUCGGCGAGUGAUAAUUAUUCGGGAAAUGAUAACUAUUCGGGCAACGAUAACUAUUCGGGCAACGAUAACUAUUCGGGAAACGAUAAUUAUUCGGGAAAUGACAAUUAUUCGGCGGCGGAUAAUUAUUCUAAAGAUGAUAAUUACUCAACCAACAAAUCCAGUUUUUUACCUACGAGUGGCGCAUCAAAAAAUAUACCAGGAUUAGAUUUGGUGCCUGACGCAGAUAAAGCAGCGAUGCCCCAACAAGAUGUCAUUGAUAUCACUGAAGAGCAGGAAAGGGAUAACUAUAACCAAUCAUAUCAACAAACUAAACAGCCAGAUUAUUCGAAAAUAUCUAAAGGAAUAAACAAUAUUCUUGGUGAUGAGAAAAUAAUGAACAUUCUUUCAAUGGUAAGAGGACAAACUGCCCCCCCCAAUAAUCCAGGAGUGCAAGGCACAGGCAAUAUGCCUUAUAACAAUCAAAAUAACCAGAUGAAUAAUCAAUGGAACAGAAAUGAUAGUAAUCCACAAUAUAAUGACAAUCAACAGUAUAAUAAUAAUCAACAGUUUAAUAACAAUGCUCCUUUUGGGAACCGACCAAACAACAUGCAAUACAAUAACAGACAGCAACCUAACCAUCCGAUGCAACAGAAUCAGGGUCAGUUUAACAGAUUUCCUCCUAAUCAGAAUCGUAUGUAUGAUAACAACCAGCCUAACCAAAAUCAGGAUCAACAUUACAAUGAAAAUGAACAAUAUGGUAUGCAAAACAUGCCCCCAAGGAAUGAUCAGCCUCCAAUGAGACAUAAUGCCCCUGCACCGAGGCCAUUGAUGGAAUUCUCUAUGCCAGCUAAUGAUAACCAGUUUAGAGGUCCACCAAAUAGACGAAUACCUGAAAACGUCAGACCUCCAAGUCCACCGAGGCCGAAAUGGAUAGAGGAACCACUGUUUACUCCAUCAAUUAUCGUUGAAUAUGAACACAAGCCUCUAAGAGUGAAAGCACGCGAUUUUAUUGAGCCCGUGCAUACAUUUGAUUACAAUCACAUGUCAAAAGAUGGUGAAAAUAAGAAAAGAAACUUUGAAUGGGAGGCCGAUGAGUUAUUUUCAAGGAAACCUCGCCGGGAGAAUCAUCCUCCCGACUAUGUGGGUCAAGAUAAAUAUGCUAAAGAUUUGUACUCUAGAGAUUUCGAAAGAAGAGUUCCGAGAGAGAGAGAAGAAAUAAGAGAAGAUUAUCGACAUAAACCGUUAAGGAAUGAGUAUGAGGAACGUAGAAGGCCUGAUGAUCGUUAUGAAGACAGACGUCGCGACGACAGAUUUAUGAGGCGCGACGACAACCUCAGGGAUAGGGAAAGAGAUAGAGAUUGGGAAAGGGAAAAGGAAAGAGACUGGCAAAGAGAUAGGGAUUUACAGAGAGACAGGCCUAGAGAUAGGGAUAGGGAUUUCGGGAGAAGGGAUGACAGUAGAGUACGUAGCCGAAGUCGCGAUAGAGACACACGCAAAAGAGAACACAGUAAAGAAAAUUUCGAACCUGAAGUUGCGAAAAAAUCUAGAGAAGCUAGGAACGUGGAAGAAGUAGGUGAGCCCAAACACAUGGUCAUGAUAGACGAUAUACUGGAGUCUCCCGGCCGAGAAAUAAGACCAUCAAAAAUAGUUAUUAUUUUGAGAGGUCCCCCGGGCAGUGGUAAAUCGUAUUUAGCUAAAUUAAUAAGAGACAAAGAAGCGGAGUACGGCGGCACUGCCAGAAUCAUGUCUAUAGAUGACUAUUUCAUGCAAGAAGGUGAAAUCGAAGAAAAGGAUCCUGCCACGGGGAAAAUGAUAAAGAAGCCUACUCUAAAAUACGAAUAUGAUGAGAAAUUAGAAGAGUCAUAUUUGAGCUCAUUGAAGAGAGCUUUCAAGAGAAGUCUGACCGAUGGUUACUUUACGUUCUUAAUAUAUGACGCAGUAAAUGAACAUCAAAGACUGUAUGCCGACAUAUGGAAUUACGCACGACAAAGUGGUUUCCAAGUGUACGUUUGCACCAUGGAUACAGACAGCCAAAUAUGUUAUAAGCGAAACAUUCACAAUCGCACGUUAGAGGACAUACAAGUGAUAUGCACACGGUUUUUCCCGACUCCUUCGCAAUAUAUUCAGUUGGACGCGACAACUUUACUGCAGAACGCAGCCAUUACUGAGGUCCAGAUGGAGGAUGUGGAAGACGAUGUCAUUAUGGAAGAUGCCGAAGAGACCGAGGUUGAAAGCGUUUUUACUUCGAAGUGGGAGAAAAUGGACGACGCUUCGCAGCUAGCGAGGCUCGACGGCACCAGCAAGCCGCUCCGGUCCUCGCAACUCUCCAUGGAAGACUAUCUACAACUAGACGACUGGAAACCGAACAAAGCAGCUCCGGGCAAGAAAACUGUACGCUGGGCCGACAUAGAAGAGAGAAGGCAGCAAGAGAAGAUGCGAGCCAUCGGCUUCGUCGUAGGACAAACGGAUUGGAAUCGAAUGACCGACCCCACUAUGGGCUCCAGUGCCCUAACACAGACUAAAUACAUAGAAAGGGUCAGGAGAACCUAGCAUGUGUUAAGCAACGAUUAGACGGCAGAAUUAGGGGCUGUACUCUUGAAAUCGGUAAUCGAUGUAUCGUGAACAUUGUCUGGUAGUGGUGUCGAUUCUGGCACGAUUCUCUAAACCUAAACUUUGACAACAGUGUAUCCUUGUCAUUCUCUAUUCAUAAUGAAAAGGAGAGAUUGUUGUUAAAUUUAGCUUUAAGUUUAGUGAAUCAUGCCAGCAUCCACACCAGUGUCUACUCUACGGCAUUAAAAACUAUGUUAGUUAUGCCUUUCCCACACCAGCGUUUUGUCUUACUGAUUGCAAUAAUGCCGGCACUUGACUUGGCUAUUCGUAUUUGUCAUUUUGAUAGCAGGUUGUCUUUAUCAUUUUUAUGGGAGCGAAAAGGAGAGGUUGUUGUCAAGUCUGCAAAUAACAAAUACGAAAUAUACGAAUAGCCAAGUUAAGUGCGGCAUAAAAUUAGCAUCCAAAUCUUCGCUAAAGGAGUGGUUGUACGCUCACCACGACUAACAUCCCUAA